AUGAAGAAGAAGAAGAAGAAGGGAAUAGAAGACAUUUUAACAGAGAUUUAUUACGAUCCUAAGAGAGGAUAUGGAGGCAUACAGACUUUGUAUCGUCAGGUCAAAAGUCUGGGGCAUAAGAUUUCUUUGAAUACCAUACGAGAAUGGUUAAAAGAGCAAGAUACCUAUACCUUACAUAAACCCAUUCAUAGAAAAUUCCGGAGACAACAGACCAGAGUGACGGAUAUAGACGAACAAUGGCAAUUAGAUUUAGCCGAUGUGUCCAGUUUAAAGAAAUACAAUGACGGCUAUACUUUUUUAUUGUGUGCCAUUGACGUCUUAUCUAAAUAUGCUUGGGUGGUGCCUUUAAAACAGAAAACGGGGAAAGAAAUGAUUCGAGGAUUACAAGAGAUUUUCCGACAAGACGAUCGACGCCCCGUCCGCAUUCAAUCGGAUCAAGGCAAAGAAUUUACCAAUCGAGAAUUCUUACAGGCGUUUAAAUCCAUUCAUUUCUUUACCACUCGCAAUACGGACACCAAAGCCAGUAUCGUGGAAAGAUUUCAGAGAACCCUCAAAGCACGCAUGUGGCGGUAUUUCACUCGGAAUAAGACCAGACGGUAUUUAGAGAUCUUACCGGAUUUAGUGUAUGCUUACAAUCAUACUUAUCAUCGCAGUAUCCAAAGAACCCCAGCUCAAGUGAAGCCCUCGAAUGUGUUAAAAGUCUGGAAAACUUUAUAUGGGGAAUCAUCACCUAAACCAAAACCCCCCAAGUUUAAAACAGGAGAUAAAGUGCGCAUCAGUAAAGCUAAACGCACUUUUGAAAAAGGAUAUUUACCGAACUGGACCACGGAAAUAUUUACCAUUGCUCAACGAGUCCCCGGUCGGAAUCCUUACGUGUAUCGAGUACAAGAUUACAACCAGGAGGAAUUAGAAGGGACAUUUUACGAGAAAGAAUUACAACAGAUCAUUAAAAAAGACGACGUGUACGAAGUGGAGGAAAUCUUGGGGUAUAAAAAGCGACGAGUCAAGAAGUCAAAGUCCGGUGAAAAGGAUAUCCCCCUAGUUUCGAUUCAUGGAUUCCCCAAACGGAAUUCAUCAAAUAACACCUCAUUGGAAAUGUUGUGGAGAGAAUAUUCCUCGAGAAGAAAUUGUGUAUUUUGCUCAAUUAUUCAUUUGUAUUUCCCUUAUCAUCACCAGUGUGGUCAUGUUAGCUUUACACGAUUCUAA